AUGAAAGUUUCUCCGUUUGUAGCCAUUUUCGCCAACUCAAGCAACGCCGAUUUCUUCAAGUUUUGGGGAGACGCCGAUGUCUUCGCCUACCAAGUACGCGAAUCAUUUCCAAGACCUGGCCUCGGAAGGCGAUUUUUGAAAAAAUACGAUGAGGUGCAACAAAUCGUGAGAUAUUUCCAACUCGCUGGAGUAUGCGAGUCUUCAAUAACUUCUCCAACGCACGAGCCAGCCCAGAACUUCGACGCUGUUUUUGACAGCCGAGCCAGCCCAUCUACGAAUAUUGAAGCUCUCGCCAAUCUUCUAGAGCGGUGGAUAGAGUCGUACGCUUGUGUGGACGAUUCGGGCGCUGAUGAUUACGAAGCAGUCCAACAAUCUCUUCUCGAGAUGAGAAAAAUCGCCAAGAAACCCGCGAAUCAAGACCAAGAUGUUUCUUAUCAUAUUUCUGAAGAGAAAAUGACCUACAAUCAAGCUCUGGCCUACUGUUUCGCGCACGACAUGUGGCUUGCCGACCCUCAGAACUGGGAAGAACAAAGCGAAGUUAUUGAGAACAUGACGAUCAGCAAUUAUGUCUGGUUCGAUUCAUGGAAAGCGCGUGAAAACGAGUGUUGGGUUCAAAAAUACUUCUCCGCCUCUGGGCCAGGUGGUGUCGUCAAAGAGGGUCUCUGGGCUGGAGCAGUAGACUGUAACGACAAGAACUAUGCAAUUUGCCAGAGCGGGCAGAUUCGCGUAACAGCAACUACCACAACUACAACUACGACUACUAAGACUUCUACAACUACGACCACUGAGCCUCCACCUAAAAUCUGUGUCGAGUUCCGAAAUAUUGCCAUUUUCGCCAGCUCAACCAGCGCGGGUUUCUUCGAAUUUUGGGGAGAAGCCAAUCUCUUCGCCUAUCAAGUACGCGAAUCUCUUCCAAGACCUGGCCUCGGAAGGCGAUUUUUGGAAAAAUACGAUGAGGUGAAACAAGUCGUGAGAUUUUUCCAAUUCGAGGGAAAUUGCGAGUCAACGAUUACUUCUCCAACUCACGAGCCAGCCCAGAGCUUCGCUGCUAUUUUUGACAGCCGAGCCAGCCCAUCUACGAAUAUUGAAGCUCUCGUCAAUCGUCUAGAGUGGUGGAUAGAGUCAUACGCUUGCGUAGACGAUUCGAGCGCUGAUGAUUACGAGGCAGUCCAACAAUCUCUUCUCGAGAUGAAAAAGAUCGCCAAGAAGCCCGUCAAUCAAGACCAAGAUGUUUCUUAUCAUAUUUCUGAUGAGAAAAUGUCCUACAAUCAAGCUCGAGCCUACUGUUUCGCCAACGACAUGUGGCUUGCCGACCCUCAGAACUGGGAAGAACAAAGCGAAAUUAUUGAUAACAUGACGAUCAACAAUUACGUCUGGUUCGAUUCAUGGAAAGCGCGUGAAAACGAGUGCUGGGUUCAACAAUACUUCACCGCUUCUGGGCCAGGUGGGUUCGUCAAAGAGGGUCUCUGGGCCGGAGCAGUAGACUGUGACAACAAGAACUAUGCGAUUUGCCAAAGCGGGCAGAUUCGCGUAACAGCAACUACCACAACCACUACCACAACAACAGCUACUUCUACUACGACAACAGAACCACCACCCAAAACCUGUAAAGGAAUAAUGAAAGCCAUCUUUGCUGGAUUGAUACUUUUUGCUGUCGAAACUGCGGCAAAGAGAGAAUUCACGGCUUUCCAACUUGCUGUUCGUCAAGAGAGAAGGGAAACUGCCAAGACAAUGAUCUGCGACGGCGUUCCCGUGUUCGAUGAAAACAUCGACAAUGGCCUACUUUGGCACUGCAAGAAAAUGCCCCGCGUCAAACACAUGGAGCGCGGCUGGUGCCGACCUCGCUGCGCGGCUCGGAAAACUAGCCGCACUGGUCCGAAGCGAAUAAGAUGCGACAAAGAACUUGGAUGGGUGAAUAAGGCCGACAAUUCGAUCAUUUCACCCAGCGAUAUUUUCUGCUCCUAA